AUGCAACCCCCGACACAACUCAUUUUGGGCUUGAGAACGGAGUAUCUAUUCAUUAUGAGCAGUUCUCGCAACGAAGAAGGAGGGAAAAAACGUAAGGGAAAAGGAACGAGGGACUCAAAAAGAAGAAAUCAGCGAACUCGUGGAGACUAUACCAGUAGGGUGACAACAGCUGGUGCAGGCACCCCAGAUGAUCCUUCUAUAUUCUGGUACCUGGGUCGUCCGAAGAAAGGGGCGGGUGAACUUUACGAACAGAUGAUCCGUGAUGCGGCUGUGGUAACUGGUCUAGGAGUGUGGUACAUCAGGAGUCUUGCUCACGACACUACCUCACUUGGUGGCUCAUAUGUUCGCGAUGAUCCACACAUCACUGUCUUCGCAGAUCAAAAUUUGGGGGGGAGCUCAGAUGAAGAUUUCGACUAUGAAGGCCAUAUUUACGUUGCUAGGGAUGAGGAUGGCACUCCAUAUCGACUCCUUCACCCCGAAGAGUUUGAAUUCCCCGAUCUGUCUGCUCCUGUGGUCCUUUACAGUGCUGAACAGGAGCCUAUGCCUUAUUACUUGGACGAUGCGUAUUAUGAUAACUACGACUAUGUAGAAGAUGAACCGCAGGCCGAUGCAGGUACAAGUGAAUCUAAGGGCAAGAAAAAGAGAAAGAGGAGAGGGAAAAAAUAG